CCGAAAGCUAUGACGUAGUACGAACCAUGUGCGCGAUUUUUCAUUUCUGAGCAAUCGGUGACGGGAAUGGCUGACGAACAAAUGGAGGCUACAUCAAGUUGUGCGGUAAACGGUCCAGCUGGGGAUGCUGUGGUUGCAAAUGGCGGCGUUAAAACUGUUGGUGUCGAUGAAAUGACGUCUAAAGAUUAUUAUUUUGACUCAUAUGCUCAUUUCGGAAUUCAUGAGGAAAUGUUAAAAGAUGAAGUUCGGACUUUGACCUACCGGAAUUCCAUGUAUUACAACAAACACCUGUUUAAGGACAAAAUUGUCUUGGAUGUUGGCUGUGGAACAGGCAUUCUCUGUAUGUUUGCUGCAAAGGCUGGAGCCAAGAAAGUUAUUGGGAUUGAGUGCUCCAACAUUGUUGAGUAUGCAGAAAAGAUUAUCAAGGCAAACAAACUGGAUAAUGCAAUCACCCUGGUUCACGGUAAGGUGGAGGAGGUGGUUCUGCCCGACGGUAUAGAGAAGGUGGACAUCAUCAUCAGCGAGUGGAUGGGAUACUGCCUCUUCUACGAGUCCAUGCUGAAAACCGUCACCUACGCCAGAGACAAGUGGCUGGCUCCAGAUGGUCUUAUCUUUCCCGACAGAGCGACCUUGUAUGUGACAGCAAUUGAAGAUCGUCAAUACAAAGAUGAGAAAAUCAAUUGGUGGGACAACGUGUACGGUUUUGACAUGAGUGUUAUACGAGGUGUGGCUGUAGGGGAGCCACUAGUCGAUGUCGUCGAUCCAAAGCAAGUUGUGACAAACUCCUGUUUAAUCAAGGAAGUGGACAUCUACACUGUAAGGGAGGAAGACAUGGAGUUUUCUUCUCCCUUCCAUCUACAGUGUCGCCGUAACGACUACUGCCACGCCCUGGUCACCUUCUUCAAUAUAGAAUUCACAAAGUGUCACAAACGCACAGGAUUCUCCACAGCACCAGAGGCACCGUACACACACUGGAAACAGACUGUGUUUUACUUAGGAGAAAAUGAUCUGACCAUCAAGAAGGGAGAGGAGAUCAACGGCAUGUUCACCAUGAAACCCAACAAACAGAAUAAUCGUGAUCUGGAUUUCUCGAUUGACAUUAAUUUCAAGGGUGAACUAUCCGACAUGGCAGAGACAUUAAAGUACAAAAUGCGAUAGACAUGAGAAUUUGAGGUUUGACUGCAUUUCAUUGACUCCACAUGGUUUUGAGCACGCAUACUUCACAAUGCCACGGCAUCGAAGUAAUGGAUUGUAGACAUUCUGUUGUGAUGGUGAAACCUGUGGUACCGAAUAUCACUGCUUUUUGAUGCCUCUAUAUCUGUUACCACUGGAACUUUUGAUGUACAGGAACUAAAUGUUCUCAUAAAAUGUUCCUGUUAUUGUCCAGCUUAGAUAUAAAAAAAAAAAAAAAAAAAAAAAAUGAAUUCUGGUUAUUGUUUUAAAAGAUAAUAUGAUAUAUUUGUGUUGUUAGUCCCAGGCUUUAGAAACUGGGAUACAGACAUGAUUACAUCAUGUUAGUUUUCACGGGUCCCUAUAAUUUGACCUCAAGACUAGGGAUAUAGGGAAUUCGUGACACGGGAUUUAAGUCUUCAAUUAUUUGAUCUUCAGUCACUUUGCUGCUCAUUGGUACAUGGUUUUACUAAGGGGAUGUUUUUGGUGGGGGUGGAUUUCUUUGAAAUUUGAUGUCUUUUUUUUAAUACAGCAUUCAUAAGCAAAACAUGGUUAUUAUUUUUUAGGCACUUUGUAUGAAUAUUAUUUGGCUUCUGGUGGAUUUGUCUUGCUAGAAUGAUACUACAAAGCUUUAGCAGAGAAAACUCAAUUUUCAAUUUUUAUUUUGUCAUGUUAUAGCUGCAAUGUUACUGAAUCUUUGAGUCAGUCAUGUCUUGGAAGUCCCAACAUUUAUCUUGUACCUCACAGGGUUAUGCUGUGAAGCCAUGAUGGUCGCAGCUGUUACUGAAAUGUAUCAUGUAUGUUUUCAUUACUCUUCAUUCUUAUUUCUCAUCCACUGGAUUAUGCCCGAAAUUCUUGACUACAUCAUAGUGUACACGCAGAUACUUCCUCUGUAAAAUGCACUUCAAUGGAUUAAAACUAAAACUAUCACCAUAGAAUGCGAAAAACCUUGACUUCUGAAAUUUAGGGUUUCAGCAAAAACCUGAAAGCUUGUUAUUCAACUAAAAAAGGCUCACCGCAACAUUUUCUAAAAAAAAAAAUUGUGUUUACAGAAUACCAUUUUCAUCAAAUUACUUUUACUGCCCAGUUGUUGUUUUUUUGCAUCAUACAUGUACAUCAUUGGUUUAUUUACACCACAUAGUACUAUACCAUGAAUAUCAUUUUCCAUCAUGUUUUUGUAAAUUUGAGAGUACCAGAUUGUUGGAUAUUCUCAUCUGGUCAUUUGGUACCUUGUGAGUCGUUUCACUACUAUUUGUUUAGCAUUAUUGUGGGGAAUUUGCUGAUAAAUGUUAGGCAUUAUUAUUUGCUUGUUUCCUUAUUGUUGGCAUAAAUUGCUAAUGCAUAAAAAAAAAAACCCCAGUAUUUUGAGGAGUACUGAUGAUGUAUUGUAUUUUCUUCGAUAUUUAGAAUUUGUUUCAGUGAAAGGAUGAAAUCUUUAUCCAUUAUAAAAUAUUAAAUGAGAAUUUUCUAUUAAGAUAUUUCAGUAUUGAUACAAUUUUUAAAAUGUUCUGUCGACAAAGAAAUUUUUACCAAUUAUGAAAUUAUGAGAAAUCCACAUUUGUAGCCAACAUGAGUUUGAGGGAAACAAAAACAUUAUUUUUUGGAACCAGGUUUUUUUUUCAUCAUAUGUCUCGCAUAGGCAUUGGAAAAUUACAGUGAUGGGGAUGAAUGGGUGUGGGGAGGGUGCUAUAUAUUUGAUUUUCAAAUGGGAAGUCGGUACCAUUGCCCCCCCUCCCCCCCUCCAAUCCUGUCUUUUUCUGAUCUCCAUGCCUCAUUACAUUAGUCACACAUUUGGCGCAGUGCUGAAAAGCCUGUUUGAGGACAUUGCAGUGUUAUUUGUACAUAAAAUAGCUUUUUAACUGUACACAAUCAUCAAAAUAAAAGUUGUUUUUUUGUA